GGAAGAGGGACGCGCGGUGGGCUCGGGCUGAGGCGCGCCGAGCGGUGGGCCGGCGACCGCGGCGAUGGCCGACUCGCAGCUGUUCUGCGUGGCGGAGGAGCGCAGCGGCCACUGCGCCGUGGUGGACGGAAACUUCCUCUACGUGUGGGGGGGCUACGUGUCUAUUGAAGACAAUGAAGUAUAUUUGCCUAAUGAUGAAAUUUGGACCUAUGAUAUUGAUAGUGGGUUAUGGAGAAUGCACCUAAUGGAAGGAGAACUCCCUACCUCCAUGUCGGGAAGCUGUGGUGCUUGCAUUAAUGGAAAGCUGUACAUUUUUGGAGGAUAUGAUGACAAAGGAUACAGCAAUCGACUUUAUUUUGUUAAUUUGCGAACAAGAGAUGAAACCUACAUUUGGGAAAAAAUCACCAACUUUGAAGGACAACCACCCACACCACGUGAUAAACUUUCUUGCUGGGUAUACAAAGACAGAUUAAUAUAUUUUGGUGGUUAUGGGUGUAGGAGACACAAUGAACUCCAAGACUGUUUUGAUGUUCAUGAUGCGUCUUGGGAAGAGCAGAUAUUCUGGGGAUGGCAUAAUGAUGUCCACAUAUUUGACACAAAGGCACAGACUUGGUUUCAACCAGAAAUUAAAGGUGGAGUUCCACCACAGCCACGAGCCGCGCAUACAUGUGCAGUUCUUGGAAAUAAGGGUUAUAUCUUUGGUGGACGUGUUUUGCAAACUAGGAUGAAUGAUUUGCACUAUCUCAACUUAGAUACCUGGACUUGGUCUGGAAGGAUUUCUAUUAAUGGAGAAAGCCCAAAACAUCGGUCAUGGCAUACUUUGACACCAAUAGCUGAUGACAAGCUUUUCCUAUUUGGUGGACUAAGUGCAGAUAAUAUUCCAUUAAGUGAUGGUUGGAUUCAUAAUAUCAUAACAAAUUGUUGGAAACAACUUACACAUUUACCUAAAACAAGACCAAGGUUAUGGCACACAGCCUGUUUGGGAAAAGAAAAUGAAAUAAUGGUAUUUGGUGGGAGCAAAGAUGAUUUACUUUCCUUGGAUACAGGUCACUGUAAUGAUUUAUUGAUCUUUCAAACACAGCCUUACUCACUGGUCAGGUCAUGCCUUGACUGCAUUGGUAAAAAUGCUAUCAUUUUAGAAAGUCAGAUAUCUUUAUUACCUCCUAAACUUCUGCAACAAGUACUCAAAAAAAUAACAUUUUGGACUGCAGCUAAUCACCGAGAAGAACAAAGAGUUCAAAAAGAAGAAACAAAAUAAAUAUCAGUGGAUCAGUAGCAAUUAAAUUGUUAUAUACUCUCUAUAUUUAAUGGGUUUAAACAUUUUAAUUAGACUAUAUGUUUACUGCCCCACGCCCCUCACCCCCAAAUUGUAAGCUUUAUUUAAAGGAUAAAAUUUGAAACAAAAUGCUCUGUUAAAGUGAUUAUAUGGUAUGUUAUACAUGUAAAUAAGAUUUUAAUGAAGAUUAAUUUAUAUUUGUAUUUGUAAACCAAUUUCCUUAUAAGCUACAGAAAAUUUAUGCUUUCUGAAAGUAAGUACAAUGUUAACAUGUUUAACUCAAUGUAUACUCUUUACUGGAAAGAUUAUACAAAUUUGAGAAUAAGAAAGUAUCCCAAGGACUUCAGAAAUUCCCCAACAUAAUUGUACACACACACACACACACACACACAUGAUAUCAACUUUCAGAAAGGAUAAAUUUUCUCAAGUCACCUUUAAAUUACCUUAGGUUUUCCUUAAAUAACUCAGCUAUUAAGGAACUUCUUAAAUAACUAAUACAGCUGGCCAAAAAUUAUAAAAUAGGCAAACACCAGUAUGAUAUUAAAUAUUGAAAUACUGUCCUUUUAGCACUUACCUAGGAAAGUAUUUUUAGGCAUCAUCGUAACUUUUCCUCACCUCUAUUUGAGUAGGGGAAUAAAUAUCUUCAAUUGUCUCUGUUACUCCUAAGUUAUUAGUUUGUCUAGUUUUAUAUAUUUAUAAAGACUAUGUUUUAAAGUAUAUAAAGUAGAGGCUUAUUUAUCAUAUAGGCUGUGAAAUAUUGAAAAGCAUUUAUACUUAUUAACUUUUGAGAUAUCUUAAAAUACAUUCUGCUUUGGAAGAGUGAUUAUAAAGUAAUUUUUGUAAGUAAUGAAAUAGGAUAGUAAUCUAGUAAUUUGACUUUAUAGAAACCCCUCAAUUUGGCCCACACCACUCUACAGAGCUGAUGUUCAAGACACUAAGAUGUUGAAAGUCUAGUAUCUUCUUUUAUUUUCAGCAUUACCAUCGGUACAGAAAGGGAACACUGUAUCUUUAUAUAACCCCAAAAUUGUACAUAUGCCAUAAUUAAGAAGUUUUUCUUCAUUUGAUUACAGUCAUGCCCUUCCAUUGAAUUACUAAUUAUAAUUAAUUACUAAAAAGUUCUGUAUAUAAAAUUAUUCUCCACAAUA